GAACUCUCUAAUCACUGAACAUGUUGAGUGCUGGUGAACGCGACCAUUAUUUUGUAAACCUAGCCUUAAAAUAUUGGGAAAAAUAAAAACAUUCAAAAAGUAAUUCAAAUUUAUAUAAAAUUUAUCAAAUAUACAAAGAAUUUACCGAAUACGAAAAUGAAACUCGAACAAAUGUUAUGACAGCUGGGCUGCAAAGGUUCCUUUAUAAUGGUUAAUUGGUAUUUGUUGCCUUUGCUUUUAGUCAAAUAUUGUUUAUCGUUUUUUCAAAAUUUCUACAAAAAAUGCUGUCUUUCGUAUCAAUCGCUCACCUACAACCAUUUUAUGGAUGCCAACUACAUGGCGGAUAUAUGUAUGGGUCCAAUGUUCUGGUUUGUUGAUAGUUUUACAAGCACCAUUGGAAGGUUACUAGUCAUUGCUGUCUCAGGUCUUACCUCUUCAGUUGUUUUGAUAGCCUAUUGGAUUGGAAUUCCACACUGGUGGAUGAAAAAUCCGUAUGUUUGCAUAUUUUUAAUCAUUUUCGGACACUGGAUACUACUUAAUAUUGCUUUUAAUUAUUAUAUGGCAUGUACUGUUCUUCCUGGAUAUCCCCCAGAGGGUCAACUAAUUUCUGAAGCAGUCAGUAUAUGUAAAAAAUGUAUUGCUCCCAAGCCUCCAAGAACCCAUCAUUGCUCUGUAUGCAACAAGUGCAUCUUGAAGAUGGACCACCAUUGCCCAUGGUUAAAUAACUGUGUUGGCUUCAAAAAUCACCGCUACUUUUUCCUGUAUAUGGUAUACAUGGUCAUUGGAGUAUGUUUUUUAAUAUGUUGUGGCUGGGAAAUAGCUUAUGCAGUAUUAUUUCUUGGGAAAGAUGAUGAUGAACCAGAACUAGAGGGCCAUUCAGUUAAAAUUAAUAGAACAGGUGCUCUUAUUCCAGUUACUGCCACGGUGAUGCUUGAUCCAGCAUUCCUGGAAGACAACGAAAUAGAACAUACAAGCAAUCAGCUUAGAAGGCGAUGCAUCAUUUAUGUGGCCUUAUUAAAUAUUGGUGUAUUUUUUGCAUUAGGUUGUUUAUCAGCUUGGCAUGGAUCUAUCAUAACUCGCAACGAAACUAGUGUCGAAACACAUAUAAAUAAAACGGAAACUUUACGUUUGAAAAGUUUGGGAAAGGUUUAUGUAAAUCCUUAUGAUUUGGGUUCAAAGGCAAAUUGGACUUAUUUUUUGGGGUUAAAUAAAAACAGAAAUGCUUGGAUACAACUAUUAUUACCUUCAAUAUAUAGACCACAUGGAGAUGGUAUUUCCUGGCCUACCUUUCAUGACGAGGAUUCAAAGCAUAAAAAAAACAAUAGUCUUAAGGAUAGUUGGCAAGUUUUUAAUAAAUGUAGUUCCAGAUCAGUAAUAAAUCACAAUAAAGAAGAUUUAUAUAAUCGAGAUGGAUUAUUAGACAAUUUAAUCUAGUCAAAAUUAUGCUUACCUUUUUUCAAAUUUCAGUUUCAUAAACUACGAAAAUUUCCACAUCAUUGUCAGUUUUGGGUAUUGACUAUACAUUAUUUUUAGUUGAUAUGACGUCAGCAUUUGAAAUAAAUUUUUAAUGGAAUAAAUUGCAUUUUGACAAAGAAAAAAUCUUUGACAUAUUCACAGGCAGUAACUUAUCCCCUCAGGAUUUUGAAUGUUCAAAAAUAAUCCAUUUAUCCCAUGUUUUAAUUUAUAUUAAAAACCAUUGAAAAAUAGAAUGCAGUUACAUUAAAUAACGUUUAUUUUAGCAUGACAUUGCAUUGAUUCCGCUUUUAUAUUAGGUCUGUUCGCAGAGAAAUCACAAAUCAGUCGGAGCGAAUUUCAUUGGUUGAAACUAGUUUUCUGACUGUUUCUGUUUGUUUUCAACCAAUGAAGUUCGCUCUGACUGGUUUGUGAUUGCUGUGCGAACAGCCCUAUUAUAGGAAUACUUCGGAAUACUUACACCUUUAAUUAUGAAAGCAUAUACUUAUGUACGAUCAUAAUAUGUUUAAUAAGGGUUAUAUGUCCCAACAUUCAUAAUAAAUAUCCAGUUAAUUUUACCUAUUAUUACACUUUUUCCAAUGUUGAAUAUUGCAAAGGGCAGUUCUGGUGUCUACGGUCAGCAAUUGCAGACACCUAAAAACAUCGCUUCCUUUUUUUGUAGUUAAAUUAAAUAAUAGGUUGAUGUUUGCUUUAAUGACCUUGACAGGAUGACAGCUUGGGAUUUCUUUGUGGAAUUAAAAAAUCACAUACCUUCUACAGAAAGAACUGUUAUAGUGGAAAGUAAACCAAAUAAGGUGCUUUUUCUUUUUGAGGCUAUCUGCCUGGAAUUUUAAAAAACCUACUUUGAGAAUCCACAGAUUGUUGUGUGCAAAUUAAUGAAUAUGAGAAUUAUAAUGAUCAACGUAGGUGGGAAAAUUAUUUUCAAUAUUGGAAGCAUUUGAGACUUGUACCUACAUGUUUUCUGAUGCAUAUUAUAUUCCUUUCAUUGGACGUUUUUCAAAACCCGCCGAUUUCAAUACCGGGCGAAUCCUUUUAGGAAAAUGUAUUGAAAGUCAGUUUUGCGGCAACUACGGCUAUUUUCCAAAAACGAAGAGGACCUUGGAAACUUUAACUUUUGCUCUCGAUCAAUGAAAAUGGUUUGACUGUGGAUUCUGUUCCUGUCCCCCUUGUGGCGAUCUAAUACCUUUAUUAUGUAACCAGUAUCUGCUAUCACUAUACAAAACUGGACAAAAUAACAAUGUUGAUAAUUAUAAAUCCAUCAUCAAAUUAUGCACCUUUUUCAAGCUCGUCGAAAAGCUGGCAUCAAUAUGUUUCCCAUUUUGUGAUAACUGACACUACAUGCAAUACGGAUUUCUUUAAAAUGGAACCUUAUGUUGAAUUUGAUUGAAUAUUUCCAAUAUUUUUGUAUGAAUCAUUUGAUUUAUUUUGUCACAGAGACGUAACUGUACAGGGUGUUCCGAAAUUAAUGCACCAAAUUUUUAUGGCAUAUUCUACGUCGAAAAUAAACCCUAGUUUCCUAUAUAAACAUAUGUCAGGAAACGCUUCCUUUCCAAGAUACAGGGUGUUGAAAUUCUAAGAAAAAAACUAUUUUUCUAUCAUAACUUUCAAACCACUCUAGAUAUUUAAGUGAAAUUUUGUACACUGCUUUCAAGCAGCAAAAGACAUUUUUUGAUAUGAAAUUAUUUUUAAAAAAAAUUACCAGUGACGUCCGUACCAGAUUUCUAUGGAAUAUUUUUCAAGAAAAAAAUGGUGCGCCACUGCUUUUUUCUAAAAUAAAAAUCAUUUUUGAAGUCCCCAUUCAAUUUGGAACAAAUUUGAUCUCUACACUUUUUUCUGGAAGAUGCACCAUUUUCAAAUAAAAAAUAAAGAACCAUUUUGGGGCAUGGCGAAAUCGUGAAAAUUAUGAUUAAAAUGCUAAACAUUAAACACCUAAGUUUCAAAUUAUUUCUGUGACGUCACUGUUUUUUUUUUUUUUUCAAAUAUUUCACAUCAAAAAAUGUCUUUUGCUGCUUGAAAGCAGUGUACAAAAUUUCAAUGAAAUAUCUAGAGUGGUUUGAAAAUUAUGAUAGAAAAAUAGUUUUUUUUAGAAUUUCAACACCCUGUAUCUCGGAAAGGAAGCGUUUCCAGACAUAUGUUUAUAUAGAAAACUAGGGCUUAUUUUCGACGUAGAAUAUGCCAUAAAAAUUUGGUGCAUUAAUUUCGGAACACCCUGUAGAGAUCGCAAGUCCUUCGAUAAGAGCCAUCAUAGUGUCACAAAUGAUAAAUUGACUGGUUUUCUUUAAAAAAGAUUCUAAAGUUGAUUCUGAGUGAAUAUUUACAAUACUUAUACAGUGUCCCCCAUAAUGUUUGCUACAUAUUGGGAAACUUUUUAUUUGUAGGAUAUGGAAUUUUUUCUUAUGUGCGAUCGAUCCUGCAUGUCCCAUAAACCUAAAAGUACAUUUUGACAUUGGUCACGUGAUCACUGUUGUGGCGGCAAAUUCAAAAAUUUAGAUAUAGAAACGCGAAAAGUAGGGUUAGAUGGCAAAAUUUCGAAAAAAGUUAUUUGGAAAAAGUGAUUAGAAUGGUGUUUUAGGGCUGUCUGCGAAAUUUGGAGGAAAAACAACAAAAAACAGGAAAUUACUUGUUUUUCGUCAUGGAUCUCUUAUCAACUAAUUUUGUGGAGUUUUUAUUAUUGAAAUAGUUGAAGUACCUCAAUAUUCAAUGUGUAUUGGUAAAAGAAACUUAAAUUCUUCAUUGGAAUCAUUUCCAUGACAUUUUUCUCCUGUAUCUGGACGGUUAAGUAAGGUGUUUUAGAACCAUAUUGAAAUAUUUAAUAAAACAUCUCAAUAACGAAUCUUUACAAUUGUCGUGUCAACAUUAAGUUUUUGGAAAUCUCAGAAACUGUCAAGAUACAGGGUAUUGCUAUAGAAAAGUUUCAUGGGCUAAUCGAAUAUUUUUUUUAAUCCUCUAGGAAUCAUUCCAAUGAAACAUUCAAGUUUGUUUUACCAAUACACAUUUAAUGGUACUUGGGCUAUUUCAAUAAUAAAAAUUGUAUAAUAUUUGAUUAGAGAUCCAUGGCUAAAAACAAGUAAUUUCCUGUUUUUUGUUAUUUUUCCUCCAAGUUUCGCAGACAGCCCUAAAACAUCGUUUCUAUCACUUUUUCCAAAUAACUUUUUUUCGAAAUUUUGCCAUAAACCCAAUUUGCCGCCACAACAGUGAUCACGUGACCAAUGUCAGAAUGUACUUUUGGGUUAUCGGACAUGCAGGAUCGAUCGCGCAUAAGAAAAAAUUCCAUAUCCUACAAAUAAAAAAUUUUCCAAUAUGUAGCAAACAUUAUGGGGGACACUGUAUGAAUCAUUUUUGAUUUAUUCUGUCAAGUAGAGGUAAUUCAUACAGAUUUUAAGCAAGCUGUUUAAUAAGUUCAGGUUCUUUUCUGGAAAAUUCUCUCAGAGGUCUCUCGGGUCUCAUCUUGGCCCAGUCUGUUUUGUCAUUUACCCACAUCCAUAUACAUAAUUACUACGAUUUCUUUGGCUUUAGGGACUGCUUGUUUCUUUGUUAAGUUGCUGACCAUAUUUAAAAUUGUGAAACCUUUUAGACUAGUAUCAACACCUCUUUAACGAAAAUCAAUUAAACUUUGACAAAACACUCUGUAUCCUGUAUGGACGCUUUUUUCCGGAUCUACAACCAUUGAUUAUGACUUUAAAGUGGGAAAUACUUCGUUUAAUUAUUCAUUGAGGAUCUGAGGGUUCUAUUUAAUUUUAAAAUGAAAUUCCUUAUACCUACACAUUGAUAAAUUCGUUAUUGAUUCCAAUAAAAUUUGUGAAUUUAUUAAAACACAAUAAUUUUCAGACUUCCAAAAUUAUGAGAUAAUGAUAACCCUUUAAUUCUACAUAUUAUGUUAAAGGUUCCUGUGCUAUACAAGCCACUUUCAUUUUGUGGAUCAUAAUUACCGGCUAGAUCACAUUUUGAAUUUUUUUUGCUGGCAAAGUGACAAACAAUUCCUAUUUGAUAUUCUAACAUUAUUUAAAAAUAUUAAUAAUUUUUUUCAUGUCUUUAGGCAAGUUUAAUUUACCUUCUCUUGGCAUGAAUGGUAACUCCUCUGGGGGUCUUAUUUUCGAAUAUUCUCGCAUACGAAAUUUGAACUAUUUCGAAUUCACCCGAUUUAAUUUACAUUGCUGUCAGUCAAAUUUCGUGUACAAAAUGUACUCGAAUGGUUUCGAAAAUCGCACCCCUGCCAACUUGAACUGUGUUAGUUUAGUUAUAAUUUGGAUCUCUUUGCAACAAGUUUAUUAUUAUUCAAGACGAAUCUUGAGCUCAAGUUCUUAGAAUCGACCUUCAUGUGAUCUCUCUGUUUGUGAUGCAUUAACUACGUACGCAGUUAAUAAUUUAUAGCUUUCUAGCUCGAUGUUACACAACGAUUGGUUAUUAUUUAUUUAGAUAUAAACUUAUAUAAUUUGUGAUAUCAGGAUACUAUUUUCAGACUUGAUCCAUUUGUAGUCUUGAAUAAAUAAAUUAAUUCAAGCGUAGUUAGCAGAAAAGGCACAUUAGCAAGAUUUAUUUACGCAGUCUCAACCCCUUAUCGCGUCAAAUAACAGAUAUGGAUAAUCUCUAAGGCCUGAAAAAAAAUUGACAUAAUUUAUGUAGUUUUCUGUGUUGUAAAAUUUUGAUUACCCAAUAUAGCCUCAUAACAUGACUCAUAAAUUGUUGAUAUUUCACAAAUUUUGAUAUGGAGCUAAUGAUUCUAAAUCAGAAUUGAAUGCACAUUCUAGAAGAUGACGGAAUCGUGAAUUGACUUUUAUCGGAAAAUCCUAGAAGCGAGCCUAGAAGGAAAUUAUCUAGAAAAUUACAGAAGGGUCGGAGUGCUAUAGAAGAAGUAUCUUCUCGGGAAGUAAGUUGAACGAGUUGUUAAUCUGACAGUGAGUUGAAGGAAAAAUCAGACAGUCAGUUGAACAAGUAGAUGGAGGGUAGGUUGAUCAGUUAUAGUGAUAGUUUUGUAAUUAGUGAACCUUAAUUUGAGUGAUAGUUUUGUCGUUAUUUUCGUUUAUGGUGAAUACGAAACAACCCACCAAAAUUAAACAUCAAAUAAUCCAAUAACUGCUUGCUUUAUUGAAAAUCGACGAGGAGAAGGAGAACAAGAAAACCAGAAAGAAGAAGACAGAGGCUUAGAAAAAAAACAGUGGGCACGAGGGAAAGCAAGAAGAAUACAACCGGCUCCAGAAAAUUUUAUAAGAUGGAGAAGACAACCAACAGCUAGACAGUCGAGAAUACUAAGACCUAAUGAAAAACAGGAAGAACAGGGCCGGUUCCAUUAUGUUUUGCAAGAACAAUCAAUAAGACAGCUGGAACAACACCGUGUCCAAAAUGUUUUCCAAGAACAACAAAAACAGACCGAAGGAUAUUCGUUAGUAAUUUUCACACCCUUCAACUGGUUUUUGUUCCAGGAGAAGUCAUUUUUUGAGUUUAGCAGUGGAGAGAAACUGCUGGUGAAGUAGAAACAACCAUACUUGGUUUAACUACACCGCCAUAUAUGACUUCUUUGGUGAACAAAUAUAUGCCUACGUAAAAUUACGUCGAAUUAGGGCAACGUUGGGAUACACAUAUUAAUUAGGUUUCUGAAGUUCUUGCAACGAAACCGGGGAUGUUGUGUUGUUGGUGUGCAAAAACGCGUUGGCAGGUGGUAAGCCCGACUUCGAUUACCAACGUGCGGGUUGCCCAAACGUCCAAAUGCUAUUUGUAAAAGAAAAUCCUAAAAUUUGAACUUGGGCAAUGUAACAUAAAUGGCAACAAUGAUUUCGUCACUUUGUAAUGAUAGGUAUUUUGAUAUGCAUCAAUGUUGGGACAAAACAAUUAAACGAGUCUCUUGAGGUAUAAGUAAUUAUGUCAGAAUGUUCAGACGUCAAUCACUGUUUUAAAUCGUACUUUUAAAAAGAGAAAAGAAAGGCUUUGACAGAUUUUCAAAAAUCCGAAAGUCUGCAUUUCCAUUUAGGCUUUAAUGACAAUAAUUUAGACAGAUUUAUUAUUUAGUGCUCGAUGGCACAAUAGGUUUUUCUAGUAUCUUCAAUACCCAAAACUGUCGAAACUGUUGUAACCUUUGUUAUUGUACUCUCCUCCCAGCAUAUUCUGACUUCAUAAAGGUAAAGUUCAUAUACAGGGUGACACUUUAAAAACUUACAAUGGCUAUAUCUCAGGAACUAGAAAAAAUAUAAAAAAUCGCUAAAAAUAAUUUCAAUAGUAGGGAGGGGGAAAUAAAAUUAUGUAAUAACUAACUUGUUUUCACUCACCCCCACACCCCUAGCCACCCCAACUUAAUAAUCUCAAAUACCAACCCCCUACUUGUGAUACCUUAUCUGAAAACUCUUGAAAAAUGCUUUUCAAUAGUACUCUACAAGCUAGGAUUGGAUGUUAUAAUUGUCAAUAAUUGUCAAAACAUAACCAUUGAAAUGUGAAUUGAAUUUUUGACUAUUAAUUUAUAAACAUUUAAAAACAUUUUUGUCACUAUCGUAGCAUUAAUCUUGAGGCUUAAAUAUUUUAGGCUUGGAUUAUUUUGGGUUAAUUCGUUGUUUUGGGAACCUGAAAAAAUUGCCAAGUCCUAAAAAUACAAUUUUAAUUUAAUUGAAUGAAGUUUUAUUUACCCAAUAAACCAAAAACUAUCACAUCGAAUCCUAGCUUAUAGGGUACCAUUGAAAAACAUUUUUUAAGAGCUUUCAGAUAAGGUAUCACAAGUAGGGGGUUCCUAUUUAAGAUUAUUUAGUUGGGGUGGCUGGGGGUGGGGGGUAAGUGGAAACAGAUUGGUGAUUACAUUAUUUUGGUUCCCCCUCCCCACUAUAGAAAUUUUUUUCAGCGAUUUUUUAUAUUUUUGUUGGUUCCUGAGAUAUAGCCAUUGUAAGUUUUUAAAGUGUCACCCGUAUGAUUAUAAAUAUCCUGACCCGCGGAUAAGCGGCUUUAUUCAUUUUGAAUUGAAAAAGUAGUCCAUCUCUCACAACUCACAAUAGAUAGCGAUCCUAUCUACCCUGAGAUGAAGUGUAUGCUACAAACUGCAAGCAGCAAGUGUAAUUUGAUACCUUUCUAUUACAUGACCAAACUAAGGGCCAAAUUUAAAGUCUUUCCUUGAGGUUUCCUCAAACCUUAAGCCUUGGAUAUUUAGAAUUGACAUGAUAAUUUUGUCAAAUGGUAAUAAGUGUCCAUUCUAAACUAACGACUCCCAAGGAAGCCCCAAGGAAAUAUUGUAUCUUUCAACUUUGGUCCUUCUUAAUAUAUUUUUUUACGUUUACAUCUGUGAUUCAUUACCUUUAUACAUAGGUAUAGGUAUAAUUUCGCUGUAAAAACAUUCCAAAAUACUCAGGUUACUUAAUUUAAGAUUUAAAUGUGCAAUUCUCGCUCAACAUUAUAUAUAGGAUUGAAUUCUUUAAAUAUUAAUUUAUUACAAUAAACUUUUUUGUUUUGUUAUAUC